UGCCAUUUAUUUAUUUUUUCAGGGUCAAAGCCAGAGUGGUGGGCAUGGUCCUGGAGGUGGCAAGAAGGAUGACAAAGACAAGAAAAAGAAAUAUGAGCCUCCAGUACCGACUAGAGUGGGGAAAAAGAAGAAGAAAGCAAAGGGACCAGAUGCUGCCAGCAAGUUGCCACUGGUGACACCUCAUACCCAGUGUCGGCUAAAAUUACUGAAGUUAGAGAGAAUUAAAGACUAUCUUCUCAUGGAGGAAGAAUUCAUUAGAAACCAGGAACAAAUGAAACCUUUAGAAGAAAAACAAGAGGAGGAACGAUCAAAGGUGGAUGAUCUGAGGGGGACCCCAAUGUCAGUAGGAACCUUGGAAGAGAUCAUAGAUGACAAUCACGCCAUUGUGUCUACAUCUGUGGGCUCAGAACACUACGUCAGCAUCCUGUCAUUUGUAGACAAGGACUUGCUGGAGCCAGGCUGCUCGGUCCUGCUCAAUCAUAAGGUGCACGCUGUAAUAGGGGUGUUGAUGGAUGACACUGACCCCCUGGUCACAGUGAUGAAGGUGGAAAAGGCCCCCCAGGAGACCUAUGCUGACAUUGGAGGUCUGGACAACCAAAUCCAGGAAAUUAAGGAAUCUGUGGAGCUUCCGCUCACUCAUCCAGAAUAUUAUGAAGAGAUGGGCAUAAAACCCCCGAAGGGAGUGAUUCUUUAUGGCCCACCUGGCACAGGUAAAACCCUAUUAGCCAAAGCAGUAGCAAACCAAACCUCAGCCACUUUCUUGAGAGUGGUUGGCUCAGAACUCAUUCAGAAGUACUUGGGCGACGGGCCCAAACUCGUGCGGGAAUUGUUCCGAGUUGCUGAAGAACACGCACCCUCCAUCGUGUUUAUUGAUGAAAUCGACGCCAUUGGAACAAAAAGAUAUGACUCAAAUUCUGGUGGUGAGAGAGAAAUUCAGCGAACAAUGUUAGAGCUGUUGAACCAGCUGGAUGGAUUUGACUCCAGAGGUGACGUGAAAGUAAUCAUGGCCACAAACCGCAUAGAAACUUUGGAUCCAGCACUCAUCAGGCCAGGCCGUAUUGACAGGAAGAUCGAGUUCCCCCUGCCUGAUGAGAAGACUAAGAAACGCAUCUUCCAGAUCCACACAAGCAGAAUGACAUUAGCAGAUGACGUCACCCUCGAUGACUUAAUUAUGGCUAAAGAUGACCUCUCGGGGGCCGACAUCAAGGCAAUCUGUACAGAAGCUGGCCUAAUGGCCUUGAGAGAACGCAGAAUGAAAGUAACAAAUGAGGACUUCAAGAAAUCGAAAGAAAAUGUCCUUUAUAAAAAGCAAGAAGGCACACCCGAGGGGCUGUAUCUCUAGCAGAGCAGGUACCCGGGCAAGGAGCCGCUGUGACGGGCUUGACCCCCUGAGGUGGGGGAGGUCACCACAGGAAUCCAUGUUCCAGGUGAUCUUUUUUAACAAAACAUCCCAUGUACACUUUUGACAAGAUGCCAAUGGGUCUGCUUCAUCUGUCUGGUCAUGUGAAGUUCUGUCUUGAAAUAAAGUGUGCCCUUUCUCACA